UGUCCAGGUCAGGGCUCGCAAAGAAAGGGACUGAGCUCAGAUAUACUUGUAAUUCCUCUUUUCCCUGAUGUGCUAAACUCAUUGCCUUUUAACUGGAAGAGCUGCAAUGUCUGGCCGAGGGAAACAAGGCGGCAAAGUGAGGGCUAAGGCAAAGUCCCGGUCAUCUCGGGCUGGCUUGCAGUUCCCGGUGGGCCGUGUUCAUCGGCUUCUCAGGAAGGGUAAUUAUGCUGAGCGAAGUGGCGCUGGAGCCCCUGUAUAUAUGGCUGCUGUCUUAGAGUAUCUGACUGCUGAGAUUCUCGAGUUGGCUGGCAACGCUGCGUGCGAUAACAAGAAAACCAGGAUCAUCCCCCGCCAUUUGCAGCUCGCCAUCCGUAACGACAAGGAACUAAACAAACUACUGGGGAAAGUCACCAUCGCUCAAGGGGGUGUUCUGCCCAAUAUCCAGGCCGUGCUGCUGCCUAAGAAAACUGAGUCAUAAAGCCAAGAGCAAGUAAAAGUGAUCGAGGAGAAACGGGACAUCUGAAUCUGUGCUUAAAAAUUAAAAAAAAACAAAACAAAAACAAACUGGAACCAGAAACCAACUCUCAGUGGUAACCAUAACAGCCCUGAAUGUUUCCUGCUAAUGUGAUCGCUUUAAUCCUCUUAGCGAGCCACUCCCCAGGCCUGGAAAGACUCCUCUGUUUGCAGCAAGUGGUCCCAUUUCACACACCCCUCUCUGUCUCUUGCUGCCUUCUACUCCUGUUCCACGUCCAGUGAUGCUGUCGGAGCUUCUGAGAUCCACCAGCAACAUGGUUCUUGUUCUGUGCCUGAUGUCUGAGAAGCAGCCUGGGCUAGCAGCCCCAGGCCGGGCUCCGGUUGCUUUCAUCUCUGAAGCAAUGUGCAAAAGAACGCGGCUCUUGAGCUGGCUGAAACACUGAAUAACAAUCAGUCCCUUCGGUGGAGAAGGUUGGAAACAGGUUUCCCAUCUUGCCCCUCUACCCUUUCCUCUGGUAAUCUGCCAACUUGCAGGGUGGGCUGAGCAAAACCGACU